GACAAGGAAGCAUGGAGCAAGGUAGGCCCAACACCGUCAAGAUCUCCUCACCAUGUACGUUUCGACUGUGUAUGCCACCAACACCAUCAUCUUGUCUUCAGACACCCACACCAUCUCCUCCCUUGCCUUCCCUUCCCUUCUCCCUCUCCCUCACCCAUCUUUGCUUUAUUGUCUCCUCGCUUGUCGUUGCUUGCUUUCUCUUUUUCUGCUCUCUUCUUCUGGGAGGUUAUUUAAGGCAAGGAUGGAUUCCGACAUGGGCUGUAAGAGGCAGUUGGUGCGGACAGAUUGAAGCCGGGAAGUGUAGAAGGAUGAAAGGGGAAGGGAGGAAGCACACCACGGCUUCGCCCUGCGCGGCAUGCAAGCUCUUACGGCGCCGGUGCACGCAGGGUUGCGUCUUUGCUCCUCACUUCCCCGCCGACGAGCCGCAGAAGUUCGCCAGCGUGCACAAGGUGUUCGGCGCUAGCAAUGUCAGCAAACUCUUGCGGGAGAUAGCGGCGCAGCACCGAGGAGACGCUGUGAGCAGCCUGGUGUACGAGGCGAACGCCCGGGUGCGAGAUCCAGUCUACGGGUGUGUGGGCGCCAUCACCUCCCUCCACUGCCAAAUCCAGGCUCUCCAGGCACAACUGGCCGUGGCCCGAGCCAAGAUGCUGCACUUGCGCAUGAGUCACGCCGCCUACCUCGCCCGCUUCAGCCACACCGCCAUGGCCACCGCGAGCACCUCCUACACGGGCUCUUCGUCCAUGUCGCCCGAGCACAAGCAGCUGAUGGAGCCUGACACGACCAAGUCAGUGUUUCCGCUGGACAUGGCGAUGCUGGACCAGUCUAACUUGGGAGAGCCACAGAUUUGGUCAUGUUAAGACCCGCCAUUACACCAACGCAUUCCUCCUCGUGUGCACGGGCAGUCUGGUCAACCUGAUCGAUCAUGUAUGCACAGCACAUUGCAGCAUUUUUGUUCUGGAU